AUGAAUAUUUUUGUGGCGUUGAGUCUACUACUGCUGGCGCUUUGUUGCUUUUACGUAAUCAUCAUCGUUGACAGCGAUUACUAUCGCUCAGUCGAUAUCUUAUCCAGCAUAGGCACUGCAUUCCGAGAAAAAGAUGAUCUUUUUGACCAUUGCCCGUAUUACCCUCCGGAUCCGUGGGACGACUCCAUAGCGAAAUAUGUCGAUGUCAAAUACGGCUUUGAAACGGAAUGUGACUUGAAAAAUCCACCGGAAACAGUUACGGAACUUAACGGACGGAAAGUUGUUCUCAGAAAGGGACAUGAGCAGUAUAACUGUUCUGCAAGGGCUCUACCGAGGACCGCUAAUUUUUUAGUCAAUGGUAUGGCCGCUAUAGAGUUCCGCAAACUUAAUAAAGUCGGCUGGAAUAGCAGGCCAGCAGGUUUUGCGACAUUAUUAGGGAAAACGACGGAGCCUGUGACACGAACACUGAUGAAGCUUAAAACUAUACCGCCGGAUAUGAACCACACCGAUUUAUGUUCUCAGUACUUGGACAAUAUCCCUUAUAUUCCAAACGAGUAUAGAAAGGCCGGUUACAAAACCUUCGAUGCUCAAGACUACGUUGCAAGUCUACUGAACUAUCCGAAUUGUCAUGGAAUGAAAGAGAACCUACUUGAUCAUUACUACAGUCAGGAGAUCCACGGAUCUCCACCACUAGAGCAUUCGGUUGAGUUGCUUCCUGUAUCCAUCUAUCGGAUACCACAAAUAUCCGAUAGGGGGUUAGAGACAAUGUGCCCGCCCUGA